AUGCCUAUGUUUCUAAGUACUGAAUAUGUACAACAACAUCUACAUCCAUCAAUCAGUUCGUUUCCAAAAUGUGUUCUGAUCAUAGACAGUUUUCCUGUGUAUGUUCCAAGACCAAAAAAUUUAACGGCUCAGUCCAUCACAUACAACGAUUACUAUGGUGGAAAUGUCAUGAAAGGAUUGAUUGGUAUUGCUCCUACAACUGAUUUUCCAAUCGUUUUUUUCUCCGAAUUAUUCUCUGAUGCAAUUUCUGACAAGGAAUUGGCAAUACGUUGUGGUUUAACAAAACUAAAUUAUCCUUCAAGCAUUGAAAUAAUGGCAGAUAAAGGUUUCCAUCUUCAAGAUGUUGAACAAGAAAAACAGUGGAAAUUCGUAAAUCAUUCUUGGAUGAGUCUGGUCAAUAUAGUUCAACUGAUAUUGGAAACAAUAUGA